CGUUAUUUCCCCUCCCCGUCGACCCAGCCGCCCCACACAACCGUAGCCGCGCUCUACCAGCCGUCCACCGCCGCGCCGCGCCGCGCUCUACCGGUUGGCGGCCACCACGCCGCGCCGCCCUCUACCGGUCGCCGGCCGCCACCUCGACUGCGUUGGGCAUGGCGUCCUCCUCCAAGCCCCCGGAUCCGGAUCCGGAUCGGGAUCCAGGUCAAGAUGAUCCAGCUGAAGAGAUGUACCCGGUGCAGUUGGUACGCGAUCGUGACAAGCUCAAGUAUAUAAUUCGUGAGCCAGCAGCCGGAACUCGUUUCUUGGCCUAUCUGUGUAACACACUACUUGUCCUGAGCGCUAUCAAAAUAGAAGAUGACGACUUGAAUGGAGGCUAUGUUUCGGAAGCUGUUUUGAUUAGAAAGCUGUCCCCCUUAGUGCGUGAUGCCUAUAAAGGCCAAAAUUUUGGAGAUAGUGAACAUGUUACUACGAUUAUAAACUCUGUACUGAAUGAUUGGGUCCAUUGUGCUAAAGAGCUGGAUCCUACAUUCAAAUGGCCUUAUUCAUUUAAGGAUGAUGAACAUGGGUUUCUCGUUGUAUCCCGUGCUGUUGGUGUUGAAGUGUACCAUGGACACGCUCUGAGUCCCAGUAAUAAAUCUGCGGAGCUUACCAUUGGUUCUAAAGGGUUGGCUCAACUUUCUAAAGCCCUAUUGAAGAGAAAAAAGUCAGCGACAAAAAGUCAGACAGGUCUUCCAAAUAACUAUCUCAUUAUUGAGCAGCUACUGAAUGAACACACGGAUUAUAGUGUAAAGACUCUGGUUGGGGCAAUGGAGCUUGAGUGUGAGAAAAAAUGCAGAAAUGAGGCAGUUUCCAUAUUUUACUGGAAGAAACACUUCAGCACAAUUAAACUUCAUUCAGGAAUGCUAUAUGUGCUUAAUCCUGUUGCAAGCUCCUUAGUCGAGGAGUUCAUUUGGCAGAAGUUGACUGCAAUAACCGACUUAUCAUGCAAAGACAAGGAUUCAUUUUUUGAUAGCCAUUUCAGACCUUGUGACGAAAAUACAGUUGAUACUCUCAAGCCACUCUUCCAUGGUGAUAAUGAUGGUGAAUCUAGCAACAGCCCUGAACUGAAUGCUCAACAUGCAGUAACCUUUCACCGUAAUGAUAUUGGCAAAUCCAGAAACAGCAGUGAACUGAAUGUUCAAGAAGCAGGAUUGGUUGAAGUCCUUAUUCAGUAUGGUCGGAAUUUUUUGAGUCAAGAUUUAACCGCAAUUGCUGAUUCCGUAGAGAAGAACAAGCGAUUAGUUAGUGAGUUGGAUUGGCAUAAAAUUUCGUCUCGGAUGCAAACUAUUGCCUUUGAUCAUUUAGAGGUUUAUAGGAUUUGUGUUCAAAGGAAAGAAGAGUUGAAGACCAGUGUCGACGCUUUAAGGCAGGUGAAAGAUUCGAUCUUGCUUUUGGUGGCUGCUUUCAUGCAAAAGGCAGAAAUAUGUGAACAGCUUGAGUUAGAUAUUGUUCUUCCUCUCGUGGAUGUUAUAAUGUCAGAGUACUUUCAAACUGCACAUGGUGACAUGCCAUAUGCGUUUCAGAUGGUUUUGGCAUCUAUUGCUCGCAAGUGUAAGUGCAUCGAACAAAUUUUCAGGCCUGCCUUCUAUCAUCUUGAGGAUAAAAUGGAAAAAGCCAAGCAUGUUUACCUAUUUUCGUUGUUAACGACCAUUUUAAGUUCCCAUUUUGGACUUUUAAUCAAGCUUCCACUUGAGUCUGUUGCGACGAACUUUUGUGUGGUAAUAAAUGAGGACAAUGGUCUCGAUGAUGAUAGUCACAAUGCAAUAUUGGAAUUCAUUCUUAUUUUUGAGAAUAACAUUAAGGCUGGCAGUUUGGCUGGGCCUCUGUUGAACAAAAAUAUGUCUAUAAUUUUCAAUACCAUUGUAUCGAUGUACAGUACCGCAAGAAAAGAUCAUUCGAUUACUUCUCAAGAGAUUUUAAGAUCCAUCGGUUGCGCAAUAUAUAAGUUAGUUGAGGCAUUCUUGGAGAAGGCUGAAGGAUUUGAUGAUCUAGAAACCAAAUUUGUCAUCCCUUUAGUGGAGGAUGCACUUGAUGGAUUUAUGAAAACUGCAUCUGAAAUUAUCCCUUCUGAAUUUCUGUCUUUAUCAAAGAUGGUUAUAAACAAGUGCAACGAAGCUAAUAAAAUAGUCUCCACCCUUUUUAAUUCUUCCGAUGAGGAAAUCUUCUAUGUAGAGCAUUCUGAUUAUUGUCUUGCGUUACUUGAGGAAGCUUGUCUUCAUCGUUCCAAAGUUUUCACCAAGUUUACUGAUCCGGAAUUGAACUGUAUAAUACAGUUCACUCGAUGGGCAAUGAUGAAGCAGACAGAAUUAAACAUUACUAAAACUUCGGCAAGUUGUUUACUAGAGAUGCUAAAAGCUUUUGAGGAACGAGGUGAUCAGAGUGCUUUCUAUAAAGAACAUAUGUUAGGAUUUGUUGACGAUGCAGUGAUCCUACUCUGUCGUUCUCCUGGGUCUGAUAUCAAAACUAUUUGUUUUGAUAUAUUAGCGCACCUAUUUACAGUGGUUGACAAUGUCUCAGAACCUUUGUGGGAUUCAAAUUAUUUUCCCACCCAUUAUAAUGGGAUGUUCGCUAGAGAGCAAGCUGCUAAUAUCAUCCAAUCAAGAUUGCAUACUCCAUAUUCAGAGGCAACAAAGUUCGUGGAUGGACUUUUUGAGGCAAGAGGCGAUUUCUCUGGCUUUCGGGAAAAGGCUAAUAAUCUUUUAAGUCAGUUGAAGCGGCCACAUCAAAUAAGUGAAUCAGUACCUGCCUCUACUUCGUAUGAAUACCCAUUAAGUUCAUCCUGCCCUGAACUGUUAGCUGCUACUCUUGAAAAAAAUUAUGGAGAACGUUUUGAAAACUUUCUGAAGAAGUAUAAACAAGAUGGUUGCCACUCUCCCCAUUACGAGGGAGUUGUCUGUGCAAUGUACAUGACUGGUCAAAUUAAGUUUAUAGUUGAUUUUGAACAUAUUAUAUCUCAUGACGUUUCACUUGCCAGUGAUAUGCUUGUUGCUUUUAGCAGAUUUCAGCAUAAAAUGAAAGUAGUUGUAUCGAAAUAUGUUUCUGAUAUGAAGAGAAAACUGGAUGAUGCGUUUAGUGGUAGCAUGCCACACUUAUCCUCUCAAUCGUUGUGUGGUGAAGUAGCAGUAUUUGUUGUUCAUAUGCCCGAAAGUAUUGAAUCUUUCUCAGAGUUCAUAAAAUUACCUGGCAAUGAGGUAGUCAUGGAUCAAACAAUUUUUCAAGGGCCAAAUUCAGUUGUGAUUCAAAAGAAGACAGAUAUUGGCAGGCUUGCUUUAUGCUCGUACAUCCAGGAAAUAUGCCAGAAGCAUGCAGAUGGUGAUAGUUGGGAUGGACAACUUUCACUUGAGGACUUCAAGGUUUUUAACAAAAAGGUGUUCAAAAUCUGCAGAAGAUCUUGUGGCUUUUGUACCCACUUGUCUACUUCAAGAGAUUAUGAAAAAUUUGCCAUGGACUUUCUGAAGCUUUACGGCAAUUCAGCCUUUAUUAAAGUUCUUAUCAACGAUAUGAAGACAUUCAUACGGGUAGAGGAAUAUAAUGAUGCAGCUGCAAGAGAAUUCCGGUUUCGUAUGAUGACUCACUUUGCUGGGAAGAGUUCUGUUCUUAGGGCUCUAAUCGGGUUCAGUUGCGCUGGCGUUAAGCCGCCAGUUAGUGGCUUGGCUAAGGAAAGCAAAAGACAAUCCUGUUCUGUUGAAACUCUACAAUCACGGGAAAGACAAAGCUGUAAUUCUGGAGAACUUGGAGCGUUUAGAGAAGAGUUUGCCUGCAGGAAGUGAUGAAGAACUGGAUGCCGUUGUGGAUCGGCUGAGAAGGCUUGUGAUGAUUGAUUCUAAAGUUUUACUGGAGAGCGACUCACAACCUGAUGCUGCACAACCUGAUGCUGCAAUAGAUGAUGAAAAACCAUCUGAAGUUGUUGUGUUUUAUGAUGAAAGAAAAAGUGUAAGUCAACCUGGAGAUGAAUUUUACAAUGCCACUUUGUUGAGCCUGGUCUUUUAUGUUCGCCAUGGAGUGACUCAUAUUGGCGAUCUGGAUAAUGCUGGCAAAUCAACAUGGAUAAGGAAAUUGAUUGAGCUUGAGCUACUACUGUCUCAUGUCUUAGGUGAAGAGAUGUCUCAUCUUACUGCUGACCUUGUUCUCAACAUUAACAUGCUUUCUGAUGAAGCAUUAGAAAUGCUUGAAGAUUCUUGGAAUAUCUUUGCUUCCUUAAUAACAAACAUUCCGUACUCGGAGCCUCUGGGAUUGCGUGAGUUGCGUGCAUUGAAGUCCAGAAAGAACUGACCUCAUGCUGUCUGCCAAUGAGACUCCUUACUGUGUCCUUCAUCUGAAACUGGUGAUGGCAAGUAAUUCUUGUCUGCAGAAGCUAAUAGUUCGGCGUCGAAGAUUUUGAAACUGUGUUGACGACAGCAAUUCUUCUCUGUGUUUAUGGUAGUGUAGAAGUUAACAUUUCCGUGUUGUGUUUGUGCUAUUUGCUGUAUGGUGCCAAUACAUGGUCGACCACUGGCUACACUCUGGUGAGAUACAGCUCUCGGUUUCUGCUACUAUUGUGGGCUUGUGGCACACGGUUUCACCUUACAGCUCGUUUUAUGCUGAUUAGUGCACACCAUUCAAAUUUUGACAAACACAGCGGUAGUAGUACUUAUAUUUUAGGGUGUCUCUGACUCAGACUUAACCCUCAGCUACCUGAAACUUAGCAAUUCUGUAUAUUUUAUCUGGCCUUUCUUUUCUCAGUUAUUUGUUUUUCCAGUAGUGCCAAUCCCCAAUCAAUGCUCGGACCUCUGUAAUUAACGAGAGCAAAAUCAUGGACCUGUUGGAUCUGCCUUGUAAAAAGCAAGACCUCUGUAGUUAAUAAGAGUAAAAUCAUGGGCCUGCUACAGUUGGCCUCUUGA